CAAGUUGAGACAAUUUACGACCCAUGACUUUCCCUCCCAUUCACCCUCCUGCACGACUUCUCACGACUCACGAUAACCUGACAUGGCCUUUGGCGAUCAUUUUCAGAGAGGAUUCCCAUUCGUACUUGGGUUGAUCAUCUUCUUCAGUAUUAUUCAACUUGCUAUUUCCGCAUGGCUUACAUCCCGAUUCAAUGCACGCCAUGACUACUUCAAUAUUUCUGAACGAGAUCGUACUCGCUUCAUUCUCUUCGCAUCGAUAUGGACAACUGUUUUGUCUUCAUGUUACCUCUUGCUCUUCUUUACAUCCCAAUCCAGCGUGUUGAGCAGUGUGUUGUCCCUUAUGAUCUUCUUGGUCCUCACGUGGAUAUUCUGGACUGCUGGAGCAGCCAGCAUCACAGCCUCGCUUGGCGGGGGGCUUAACUGCAGCAACACCGUAUUCGUAUAUUGUGGCCAGCUAAACGCAAUGGAGGCGUUCGCCUGGAUUCUAUGGAUCCUUACUACAUUCCUUCUCAUCGUCGUGGCUAUCCGUGGAAUACUUUCCGCACGACGUGGUGAUGGUUUCCGAGGACAACUUUUCGCUUAACGCGCUUGAAUAGUGCACUACCUUUGUCACCUCUACUCUCCGUUUUUCUCCGUUCGCCUUUAUUAAUGCGACCCCCUUUACCUCUACAGACGAAACUGCGACGCCCCUCUUUGUAUCCAUCUAUAUUCGAUGUAUCGUGCACGAUUUUAACAUAGUACGAUUCUUGACUUGUGCUCAUGGACAUACAUAUUCUUAUCCCAGUCCCGUAUGUACUUGGAUAUGCUGUUAGCUAUACAGAGCAGCAUGACGUACACUGUCAAUAGCGCUCUAUCACAUUACUGGGAAUAGGUAGGGCAUUCCAUGAACAUGGUAAACAUUCGUCUGGUUUGUUCGGGCUGGUUGAAAUUAGGCUUGUGAAGUUACGUAAUCACGG